UGCAUUUUCCUCCUUCGCCAACUGUGUAUAUAAACCCAACGCAGCUCCAAAACGAAUAAGUACGUAACUGAAUACAAUAUACAUAUCAUUGAGCCUUGUGGCGUGUUUGGAUUUGGAAAUGUGAAACUCAUUAUCGUCGAUGACUACCAAGGGAAAGCAUACCGCUAGCAAGGAAAAGCACCCCGCUAGCAAGAAGGAGCCAAACAAUAAUAUUGCCAAGGAGGUUCAUUACAGGGGUGUAAGGAAGAGGCCAUGGGGCCGUUACGCCGCUGAGAUCCGCGAUCCCGGAAAGAAGAGCCGCGUUUGGCUCGGAACAUUCAACACAGCUAAAGAAGCCGCCAUGGCCUACGACGCCGCUGCCAGGCAAUUCCGCGGCGCCAAGGCCAAGACCAAUUUCCCUUACGCUUCCCGCCGCGAAAACGAGAACAUCUUUGCCGUCGCCGGCAGGAAAUGCGACAUCGUUGAGUCUUAUCCGAUUGAUUCUGCGCCUGAGCGUGACGUGACACUGCGGACAGAAGUAGAUCGAUUUUUCCCGUUUGUUCCAUACUGUGGUGGUGAAGCGGUGCGUCCCGUUUUUCUGCCUGAACCGGUUGGUAGAGUUGAGUUCGUUGGCGAACAGAGUUGUUGUCCUUUCCGGUUGGAGCCGGCAAAGAUGAGUGAGUUUAAUGCACAGUCUGGGAGUGGAGCCCAGAGUAACUUGGAUUCAACAUCAGCCGUCGAUUGCAAACCAAAUGGAGUUCUUAAUCUUGAUCUGAAGCUCGCUCUACCCAUUGGCCAUUGAUGCUUGACUUUCACCUUCUGUUUUUUACCCUACUGAUAAUACAAGCUUCUUCUUUUUCUUUUU